AUGAUGCAGUGCGCUUCCUCAAAAAGCGCCAUUACUUCACCCAGUGGAGUCAUCGUGGCGGCACACGCGAAAUACGGGGAGGAAUUGGUGGCCCGAGAUGGAAACAAAGAUUCGUGCGAGAAAGUGGAGGUCUUCACAGACUCAGAUGGGCUGGCGACCAAUCAAGCUCUACCACAAGCUCAUGCGAAAGCGAAUAUCUUUCUGCAGUUGGUGGUGCUGCAGAAGGUCUCUACGUUGGAAGGCUAUGGAGGAGUCGGACGGCUGAAGCACAUCGACGCGAUGUUUCUUUGGGUACAACAGAGACUCAAAGAAGGAGCUAUGACAAUGGAAGGAGUUCCUACGCUUCUCAAUGUGUCCGACAUUGGUACGAAGAGAUUGACGAAGGUGAGGCGAGCAUUUCUGAUGUACCUCAUGGGCAUGGUGCAGUAUGACGAAUCAAGCGAUUCGUAUGUGGCUGUUGGCGAAUGGGAAUUCCCAGAGGCCAAGACCAGUGGUACGACCGCUCUUGGCAAGACAACAGGGAUUGGGACAACCGAGCCCGAUCUGCGCAGCCGACGUCAUCUACGGAGACAAGCGGCAGGGGACGCUCGGGAGUCGAUUCACUCAGGACAGGAAUCGCCGUGGACAUCGAUCCGUUGCAGCGACCCAGCGCGGAUCGAUCGAGGACAAGAACGCCGAAGACAGGCUGAACAAGCAGCCCAACAGGCGCAAGCAGCAACUCAGACAGAGCCGCAGCAAGGAGACACCGCUCCUCCCGAGCCAACUGGACCCCCACGGGUGUCCACUAGCGAGAGGAGAGCGCGGUCAGCCCCGCCCCCAGGCCAAGCAGCCUUAGAGGCGAACGAAGAGGCUGAAGUAAGCCUGGUUCCUCGGAAGGACCGCAGGCGAGACAAGGCCGAGACAAAGGCCGAACCACAAGAGCCGAUUCCAGAGGAAGAACUGGAAGAGGUCUUGGAGGAGGAGCCACCAGCUUCGUCCUCCGCUCGUGUGCCCACUCCUCCGAGGGUACCGGACGAGCACUACAUCAGCGAAGCCCGGCGCAUUCUGGACCAGCCUCACCCAGAGGUUCCAGAAGAGAUCGCAGCCGCGGCAGCUGACGCGCCAGCAGAAGAGUCUGGCAACGAGACAGAAGUCGAGUGGGGAGAUUCGCUCUCGAGCUACAGCAGCUACGAGGUGUGCGAGAUCCCGGACCUGGAAACCGCCAGGCGAGAAGCAGAAGCUGUAGCAGCCCAAACCAAGUGGCUGGAGCAGCGUCGUCUCCAAGCACCCCCACUGUACGCAGCGGGAGUUGCGGGGAGCACCGCACGGUCCUCCGCCGACAGCAAAGGCCCAGCAGUGGCACUAUUGCAGCAAUCCUUGCAGCAGACCGCGAACGUAGGCGUCGCCCAAGAGCAAGUUCCCCCGCUCCAGAGCGCGGGAACACCCGCCGGAAGCAGUAAGCCGGUCAAUCAUAUUGACGUGCUCAAGUCUGUGAAACAGCCUCAAUCCUUAAAGGAUCGAGACCAAUGGGAACGGUUCAGUUUCCAAGUAGAAACAUACUUGGCUUUGCUGCGCGAAAACUUUCCAGCAGACUUGGACAAUGCACGCAAGCUCACCAGUUUUGUGGAUCCAGUCGACAUGACUGACGAAGCCAAGUCCCGAGGGAGGCAAUUGUUUGCAAUGCUGAACUCGUGGACUCAAGAAUUGGCAGUGGCAAGUAAGAUUGCCCGUGGCAUUCGAGACCAAAAUGUUUUGAGUUUUGGAGACUGUUGUGGCGUGAAAUGGCCCCAGACAAUCACUCUAAGAGUUUGA